CUCCCGCCCGGACCCUUUAUUCUACGUUUAUUUUUUCUGGUUUUUAUUAAAUGUUGCAGUUUUCAAAGCGUAUUUAUAAUUAACUUGCCUAAUUUUUUUUUUGGAUCCCCGAAAGUCGCCGAGGAAUGACGUCAAGACGUAUCACAUUGAACGAUGACGCCGUUUGAUCAUUAAAAAAAAAAAGAAAAGAAAAAGAAACGAGCCAUUAAAAUAUGAGAGAAUUAGGUCAGCGAGCUUCCCGCCGCCGACGGCGUCGUGAUGGCCCGAUGCUCGGCCGCUGAGAGGACGGAGGACCGGCUGUGAGGACCCGCUCCCCCGGGGACAGAGAGGGGUGUCCGGGGCUGGCAGCAUCUGCAGCCCGGAGACCCGGCACACCUACGGCUAGGGCCGGCUACCCGGCCCGCGGAGCCCCGCAGCAGCAGCGGAUCAGCGGACUGGUGGCCAGCCUUUACCCGGAAAACAUAAUCCCAGGACUCUGGCAUGUGAGCCCAAUUGCACGCGAUAUGUGAACCUCAACAGCUCAGCCGCAGUUCUUCUUUACUCCAAGAAGUAAAAAGUUUAAGCUGAGGAAUUUAUUGACCAUGUCGAGCCGCCGAAAAUCCACCACACCGUGCAUGGUGCUGCCUUCUGACGCGGCGGAGCCGGAAGUCGUAGAGGAGAAGCCUGAAACCACGAAGGAGGAAGAAGCAGAGGAUGAAGAGGAGGACGGGAAGGUGAAGGAGGUAACAGUGGCGGCGCCGACUGCAGAGGAGCUUGAUCAGGCUGUGGUGGUUGUUCCCACCCCACCAGAUGCAGAAGAAGCCGGAGUCUCCGCCGUUGAUAAUAGCAAAGUCGUCGGCUCCUUGCUCAAGUGCAGAGCUACAAACCCUUCUGAGAAUCCCAAUGCUGAUCAGUCAAUCCAGGAACAGCAGAGGAAUUCACCUGGAGAAAGACGAGCGGACCCCGCUGCAGUUUCUGCCAUCUCUCUCAGCAAGACUCCAAUCAUGAGGAUGAAGACCAAAUCUGAACCCAAGAGAAUCGCGGUGUCCCUGAAAUCAGCUGACGAGGUACCAGAUGGUUUGGGAGGAGGAGGAGAGGGGGAGUUCGGUGGAGAGCAGGAGCCCAUCGAAGCCCCGCUGGGACCAAUGACACCUGUGGAGAUGCUGCUGCACGACUCCAUGAAGUUUGGAGGAGGCGGCUUCUUGGGCAGUCCGCCGUUAGAACAGCAGAGGAAGUCGUCAAUUUUAAACCCCACAGUUCUGCCUGCUGGACUGGCACAGGUGCUCUCUGCCUUCCAGGCCCAGAGUACGGCAGCAGCGCAGGCCCAGCUAUUGAUUCCCCUCAGCAGCAUCCCCUCCUACAGUGCAGCUAUGGACACCAACCCUCUUCUCUGCAGCACAUAUAAAAAGUUUCCUUACCCCUCCAUGGCAGAAAUCAGCAGCCUGGCAACACAAACACAGUUCACAGAGGAGCAAAUAAAGGUGUGGUUCUCAGCUCAGCGACUUAAGCACGGCGUCAGUUGGACUCCAGAGGAAGUGGAGGAGGCCAGAAGGAAACAGUUUAAUGGGACGGUGCACACAGUGCCUCAGACUAUCACAGUCAUACCUGCUCACCAGCUGUCAGCUGCUGCUAACGGCCUGCAGUCCAUCCUGCAGGCCUGCCAGAUCGUGGGCCAGCCCGGCCUCGUCUUCACACAGGUUGGUCCAGGGGGGAAUCUUCCGGUGACCAGUCCCAUCACCCUGACGGUCACCGGGCUGCCCAGUCAGUCCCAGAGCUCCAGCAGACUCUCCUGUCAGCCCACUCUGACCAGCAGUGAGCUGAAGCGGGCCACCACCGUCCAGCCUCCGUCUCUGUCUCCGCAGGAGAACUCAGCCCUCAGUGCUGACACAUUCAGCAUGCGACCCAAGAAAUCCAAAGAGCAGCUGGCAGAGCUGAAAGCCAGCUAUCUGAAAAACCACUUUGUCACUGAUGCAGAAAUUGCACGAUUGAUGAAAAUCACCAACCUGACAAAAGGUGAGAUCAAAAAGUGGUUCAGUGACACGCGGUACAACCAGCGCAACUCCAAGAACAGCCACGUCAUUGUUUUCAACGAUGGAGGGAUGAGAGGAGGGAGCAGCAGCUCCAGCAGCUGUGCUGCCAACACCACUAUCGUCAUCGACUCCAGCGAUGAGACCCCCACGUCUCCCCACCCGCCACACACUCCUCCCGUCAAAGAGAAGGAGACCCGCCCCAAAACAUGGAACCCCUUCCCAGACUUCACCCUGCAAAAGUUUAAGGAGAAGACGCCAGAGCAGCUGGUGGUGCUGGAGGAGAGUUUUGAGAAGAGCAGCACUCCGUCAGAUGAAGAACAGAGUCGUCUGAGGGCAGAGACUAAACUGACACGGAGGGAGAUUGACGCCUGGUUCAACGAGAGACGCAAAAUGCUUAACGCGAGCACUUCUUUUCCAGACUCCCCCGAGGAAGGGAAAGUAGAGACGGACAGCUCCAAGACAGGAGAGAGAGGAGAAGCAGGAGGAGCGAGCAACUCUCCUCCCGAUUCCUCCUCACCUCGGAAGGGAAGUCAAACUCCCCCCGGUAGUCGCAGCAAGCAGCUGCCCUGCAGCAGCAAAAGAGAGAUGAAAGAUAAAACAAAAAAGUCUCCGGAGCAACUCCAUAUUCUGAAAUGUGCCUUUGUGCGGACCCAGUGGCCCACGCCGGAGGAGUACGACCAGCUGGCAGAAGAGAGCAGUCUGCCCCGGCCCUACAUCGUCAGUUGGUUCGGGGACUCUCGGUACUCCUGGAAAAACGGAAACCUGAAAUGGUUCUUUCAGUACCAAAGUGGCAACGUGGAAGGUCCUCACGGUGGAGUCGGUAAAAUGGGAGGCAAUAGCGGGGGUCGAAAAAGACGCGGUAGAAACCGUGGUUGGGGACGAUCCCGAACCAGGAAGCAGCCAAAGAGGUCGGCCUCUUCCUGCUCAACUCUGAGCAAAUCCCCCCCAGCUAAGAAAUUCAAGACUGGGAGAGAAAUUCUGAAGGAGUACUACCUGAAGCACCAGUUCCUCAACGAGCAAGAUCUGGAUGAGCUGGUCACUAAGACAAACAUGAGCUAUGAACAGGUGAGGGAGUGGUUUGCAGAGGUCCAGCGGCGCUUGGACAUGGGUGCAGAUCCCUUCCUGGAGAUGGCUGCAGGGAGAACAGACGGAGACAAAAGAGAGCCGGAGGACGGAGAGGGAACACAGGGGGCCACGUCAGUGGUGGUUGAGAAGCAGCCUGGCCCGAGGAUGGGAAAUGAUGAAGAUGAAGAUGACGAGGAUGACGAUGGCGAAGAAACGGAUGACAGUGAGGUUUGGGAGCCAUCACGUAGCGUCAGGAAAUCUUUAUCCGUUUCUGAAGACUGAAGAUUGCGGGAGGCUGGUCGGACCUUGACUGGAUGUUACAAGAGGAAAAACUGCUUUGAUUAAUGCUGGAAGACAUUUAGCUGAACCAAGUGUUUUUUCUUUUUUUAAAUCACUGAUUGGCAUGAGUCAUCAUUAUUUCAGUGUUUUUUAAGACUGUUUAGGAAUCAUGUCCACAUGAAACUAAUCAAUGGAAUAUUAGCUUUAGCUCACUCUAUACUGUCUUAGAUAAUAGAGCUUUUAAAGCAGCUUCUACACAGAAAGUCAAAAGAAACACGACGAGGUGCUGUCUUCAAGCUGAGCUGAAGAUUUCAAACUCUUUAGAUGAAAUAGUUGUCCUAAAAUGCAUCCUCCAUUGAUCAUUACAAACAACUGAUAAAUUCAGACUAUUCUAAUGUCAGAUUUCAGGAGUUGGUGGUUUUAAUGUCAAUCAUGCCCCUGGAAAUGGCAUUCCUGGCUUGCUGGAGUAAACAUUUCUAUUCACACAGUGAUGCUCUUAGUUUGUGCUCUGCUGUUGAAGAGCAGAGGCCUACAUUCAAAAUUGAAUUUACAGUGUUUUGAAUGUGUGUCUGGUGAAGCUACACGAUUUAAAAAAAAAAAAAAAAAAGAAAAGAAAAUAAAAA